AUGCUUCAGCCCAACCUGGGCACCAUAUCGCUCGCGUUCACAGCGCUUGCAGUGGUGGGAGCUGAUGGCCUGACCGAAGGAUCUUCCGCCGUGGUGGCCAUUCUGAUGAGCGCUACAAUGACCGCCAUUGUCGCCAUCAUGAUCGCGAUAAUGCACCGAUCAAAACCUUGUUUUCAGAGGCUCGAUCUCAUCGCAGCCUCGACACCUCUGUUCUUGGUCGAUCUCGUCGUCCUCGAGAUCUUGGUUGGCCUUCUCGUGUGGUACACCAGUAGCUUUACGGCAAGAUUUGCUACGUACCUAGUCAUAGAGCUCUUGGUUCUCAUGACUAUGAUGGUGUUGGUAGCGAUAUGGGUCUGGAGGAAGAUUAGGAUCUUAAUUCGUCUCGGCCAUUUCAACUGUGUCGAGUCAUAUAACGCCAUCGACGGCUAA